GUUGUCAACGAACAUUCUGAUUGGCCGAGGCUUAGAAACGAGCAAUCUGAUUGGCGGAGGCGACGAAUCGAGGAGCGUGAUUGGCUUAGGCCUGGGAAAGAGCGUUCGGGGAUCCUCAAUGUACAGGCCGCAGUAGUGCUACCGUUGGAAAAUUAACUAUAAUAAAUAACAACAAUUUCGAAGGGAUCCGAAACUCAUCAACGCUCUGAAGGCAGUCGCGGAGUAGACACUUUCCUCCCAGAUGCCAGAUUUACAGUUUUGCUUAAUGUUUGUGACACUUUUAUGUGAAGGGAACUACUGUCAAAUGUGAAGUAUUGUGGAAAAAUCAUAGAUAAUGGAUCAAGGUGGAGGGAUCCUGGAGCUUCACAAGGAUUUGAAAAUGCCCCAUACAAUGAUAAUGCCAGAUUUUGUUGCAGGGAUGGGUGGCCUGGCCCACAUUGAUGGAGAGCACAUAGUGGUGUCGGUGCCGGAGGCCGUGAUGGUCUCAGAUGUAGUGACGGAUGAGGGUAUCAUGCUGGAGACUGGCCUAGAGGCUGAAGUGGUGGAAGGGCCUGACAUCUGUCAUGAGGACGUCAUCACCACUGAGGGAGUAAUCAUGUCUGAGUCUAUCCUGGCGGCCGAGGUGGCCAUCCAAGAGGCUUUGGACGGCAGUGCUGAUCUGAUCGAGGAAACUGUGCCUGAUCAGGUGUUUGUGGCUGACCUCAUGUCACCUCACGAUCAGAGUCCACUGGAUCAUGACCUGGUGUCUGCAGAGGUCAUGGUGACAGACACAGAGACGGUCAUCCAGUCACAUGACACCAUGCCAUCUGAUGUCACUAUUAAAGCGGAUGAUGAGGAGGAUGUGAAGAGCACUUCAGAGGACUACCUCAUGAUUUCCUUGGAUGAGGUUGGGGAAAAGCUAGACAUUGGAGAUGCAUCUUUAAAGAUCAGUGCAGAUGUGGGCCAAGAUGACGAUGGCUCGAAAGAGGAUGAAUUCAGCUCUGAGGUCAUCAAAGUUUACAUCUUUAAGGCCGAUGGAGAUGAAGAUGUGGAAAUUGGCAGCACAGAGGUGGUAGCAGAAAGUGAUUUUCGCAAUGGGCAUGCGGUGCUGGAGCCAGUGGGCUCAGGCAGGCUGCCCAGAGAGAAGAUGGUCUACAUGGCUGUGAAGGAUGCCAGCCAAGGAGAGGAGGAUAUCAACUGUUCGGAGAUGACUGACCAGGUAUAUAUGGAAGUCAUUGUUGGGGAGGAAGAGGCUCCUGCUAUCACAGAAGCACAACUGGAGGACACACCAGUUAACAAGAGCUUUGUUCCUGCAACCUGGGCAACUGCUUAUGGAAGCAGUCUAGAAAGUAAGAAUGGUGCAGCCACUCCCUACCUACAGAUCACUGACAGCAUCAGCACAAGCCGAGCACUUAAGCAAAAGAUCAAGAAGAAGAGGAGGGGAGAGACACGCCAGUGUCAAACAGCUGUAAUCAUUGGUCCUGAUGGGCAGCCCUUGACCGUCUACCCCUGCCAUAUCUGCGGCAAGAAAUUCAAAUCACGCGGUUUUCUGAAACGGCACAUGAAGAAUCACCCAGACCACAUGUUCAAGAAGAAGUACCAGUGCACCGACUGUGACUUCACCACCAACAAGAAGGUGAGUUUCCACAACCAUCUGGAAAGCCACAAGCUCAUCAUUAAGAACGAGAGGAUUCCAGAGUUCACGGAGUACACGCGGCGCUAUCAUGAGGCCAGCCCGCUCAGCUCCAACAAACUCAUACUGCGUGACAAGGAGCCCAAGCUGCACAAGUGCAAGUAUUGCGAGUACGAAACUGCCGAACAGGGACUCCUGAACCGCCAUUUGCUGGCUGUGCACAGCAAAAACUUUGCACAUGUCUGCGUAGAGUGUGCCAAGGGCUUCCGCCACCCUUCUGAGCUUAAAAAGCACAUGCGGACCCACACGGGCGAGAAGCCCUACCACUGCCAGCACUGCGACUUCCGUUGUGCCGAUCAGUCCAACUUAAAGACUCAUAUAAAGAGCAAGCACGGAACUGAACUGCCCUUUAAGUGUGGCCAUUGCCCACAGGCAUUCGCCGACGACAAGGAGCUCCAGAGGCACACUGAGAUUUUCCAGGGUCAUAAGACUCACCAGUGUCCGCACUGCGAACAUAAAAGCACCAAUUCCAGUGACUUAAAGCGUCAUGUCAUCUCGGUGCACACUAAAGACUUUCCACACAAGUGCGAUGUGUGCGAGAAGGGCUUUCACAGACCUUCCGAACUGAAAAAACAUGCUGAAACGCACAAGGGGAAUAAAGUACACCAGUGCCGGCACUGUGAUUUUAAGACAUCGGACCCCUUCACGUUAAGCCGUCACAUUCUGUCCGUUCACACCAAGGACUUGCCAUUUAAAUGCAAGCGUUGCAAGCGCGGCUUUAGGCAUCAGAAUGAACUUAAAAAGCACAUGAAGACGCACAGUGGUCGCAAGGUCUAUCAGUGCCAAUAUUGCGAGUACAACACUACGGACGCUUCAGGUUUCAAACGGCAUGUCAUAUCCAUCCACACUAAAGACUAUCCACACAGGUGUGACUAUUGCAAGAAGGGUUUCAGGCGACCGUCGGAAAAGAACCAACAUAUAAUGCGACAUCACAAAGAAACCCUACUAUGAUGCUCUUACAUCCCCAAAACAAAACAAGAUCUGAUGCUCUACUCUACAGCUACUUAUGUCAUUUAGAUGGCCUGCAUUUUACAACCUCUUUAUUUAAUGUUCUGCUUAUGUGUAAAGAAACAACUCAAAACUUAGACGGGUAACAGUAAGUGGCUAACAAUAUGGUCUUGGUCAAAGUUUUCAGGGAAAAACGGAUUCUUAUACCCACUUAGCUGUAAGCAAAUCACAUCCUCUAUUAAAGGGAUAGUUCACACAAAAAAUAAAAUUCUGUUGUCAUGUACUUGCCUUCAUGUUGUUCCAAACAUUUGACUUUAUUUUGUAGAGUAUAAAAAAUGUUUUGUAGAAUGUUCAUGCUGCUGUCUUUCAUUAACUGACGAGUGGCAGUCAAGCUUCAAAAAGGACAAAAGAACACCAUAUAAGUGUCAUAAAUGUAGACUUUGUGUUACUCUGUGGCACUUUUUUUUUGUCAAUUUUGAGUGCCUGGUCACUGUAUACUUUUGUAUGGAAAAAAAACAGCAUAUGGGAGAAAAUGAAAAGGGUUUGGAAUAACAUGAGGGUGAGUAAAUAAUGGCAAAGUUUUCUUUUAUGGGUGAUAUAUUCCUUGUCAGAGCAUCAUCACAGGCCAUAGUCAGGAUAGAUGCCAUAUUUUAUGCAGAUGAAAAGGACUUAAAGUCUUUACAAUGGCAUUCACUGUAUAAAUAUCCUAGAUGAUGUCAUUUUCAAAAAUCACAACAUUCAAAAAAAAAAAAAAUAUGUGAGUUUUUGUUUGAGUUUUGUCUGCUGAAGUCUUUUUUUUUUCAUCAGCUGAACAAUUAGUAUGUUGUUGUGCUGAACAUACUGUACUUCUAUCCCUCGCAGCCUCGUUUUCAAAAAUUAAAUGUGGCUCUACCCUGACUAAGGUCUGUUGGGACAGACACUUUCUUGUUUUUCUCUGAAGUCGUUAAAUCAUUAGAUGUAUUUUACUGACUGUUAUGUCCAGGUUUUACUGUACCUUUUACCAUUUUGUAACCAUCAUGAUGUUAAUUUGAGCAAUUUCUCUAGUGGUAUCUGAAAUUGUUCGAUUUAUGUGCGUCUUUCCAGCGUUUCCGUACCAUUUGCUCUUUGCAAUCCUAGUGUCUUGGGCGCUCCUUCACGAAUCAAACGUUUUGUUGUUAACUUUGUGAAUACCACUACAAAAUUCAAUGUUUAUGUAAAAUGAAAACUUAACAACAUGGCGAACAUGCACAUGCUGCCAAUUUAUUCGGAUCUCUUGCGUCAUGCCUUACUUUUUUUUUUUUGCACUGAAUUCAGUAUGAAUUGAUUGUGAAUAUUUUUAACAAGUUUCAGUUAUGCUAUGAUAGAUGUAUACAUUAACAAAUCCAAAUCACAUUAAGAGCACCUUUUGCUUUUAAAAUGUCUCUUCUGCGUUAUUUAUUUUUUAGUGAGUGGGCAAACAUAGACACAAUAUCCUAAACCAGAAGCCAUCCCACUUCCCACCAGUAAAAGACCUUAGCGAUCAAAAGAGGUAUGCCUUGAUAUCUAGCUCUAUAAAUUGGCAUAGCUAUUGACUUGUAAUAUGACUGUAGUUAACAGCAGCACCCAGCAACUAUAGUACUUCGCAGCAUACAGUACAUGGCGGAUUUCAUUCAUAGAUGGAGGAGGAGUGGGGCUGUACUUGUUGAUCAUGUUUUUAUUGUCAGGCUUCCUAAUGUAAUAGUCACUCCAAUGUUGUCAUGUAAAAGCCUUCGUUGUAAGCUCUCUCACAAGGAGAAAAUGUUUUUAAGACAUUGCAACAAAAUAGUAAAAGUGAAUGAUUUAAAACAGCUUUAAAACUAUUAGUUCUGUUUCUUGAAAUUACAAAACGCCACUUCAGAAAGAAAUAUCACUAAAAUUUCAGCAUAAAUGCACGUUGUAAAUCUUGCUUUUGUGAUAGACAUCUUUAUUCACAAUUAAAUUGGGUGUAUUAUGUUAGAGGCAGUAAAACAAAACAUUGUUUAAUUGAUCAAGUACUUACAAAGUAAUCCGUUAUCAUUUGAUCCCUGGGAUUUUAUUUAUGUGCUCAAUUACAUGAUGUCAUCAGACUCUCAGGGUGUCAUUCAUGAAUCACAAGGAGAACUGUGUGUGUGUAAAUAGUUUGUAUAACCAUUCUUACGUAAUUUGAUGCAAUGAAUAGAUGCAGCAGUUUACGUAAAUGUUUUAUGAACGAUUCACAAAUUCGUUCUGCUCGUGUUUUGUGAAUGAGGUCCGUUACUGUUGUGGCUUCUUGAAUUAUUCCAACCAUAGUUUGAAUCUCACCUGUACAGGCAGUGGUUUGGCAGAACCCAAGUGGCGAAAUGUAUGCAAGCAGUCUAGAUGUUGCUGUGUUUGUUACAGUUGUGGUUGGAGAUUAACAUUCUUCAUAAAAAAUAAAAUUCAUGCAUUUGA